AUGGAUUCCAAAACCCCAGUUACUUUAGCCAAGGUCAUCAAAGUUUUAGGUAGAACCGGUUCUCGUGGUGGUGUCACUCAAGUUCGUGUUGAAUUUUUGGAAGAUACUUCUCGUACUAUCGUUAGAAACGUUAAGGGUCCAGUCAGAGAAAAUGACAUCUUGGUCUUAAUGGAAUCUGAACGUGAAGCUCGUCGUUUACGUUAA